UAUUGUAUGAUACGUACAGUUUGGAAUGUUUGAGUUGUCUAGAAUUAGGUGCACUUGGCUCCUGUACCGCACAGAAGCCAGGCUCCAGUCAAACACGCAUUCCGGGACGGCACUGCAUAAAACUGGUAACAGUACCCACUGUAACAUAUAAGAACCCUUCCCCGUUGAAACCGCAGUUGCUGUCAUCAGGCACUCUCACUGCACAGCCUCCUUCUGGUGCUUCGUGAUCCCGGUGUUCACAACUAGAAAUUUCAAUGCGCCAGCUUUUAUCCAUCGCCCCUCUUUCCUGUUGUCAUCCAUGCGUAGCCUAGAAGCCCCUUUCUUCCUGGCGACUGAUUCCAUGGCGGCCGCUACCAGGCCCCGCGCUCUGCCUCCUCCUUCGUCUCAGAUUGCAUCAGCGCUAAGCUCCAGCCGCCAUUACUCCUGCCUCAGAUCCGUAGCGCCUGCUUUAAGCCAUUCCCGGCCGCUGUCGUACCCCUCUCCUCAACCCCUGCUUGGCAAUCCCUGCUCCCACCGUCCUCUAAUACUCACUAGAAGCGCAUGUCAUACAGGGCGAUAUUGUGCAUCCGGUUCCAGAGAGAGCGGAACGGCGGUAAAUCUCGCUCCUGGAGCUUGUGAACGGCGGUCGUUAAGGUCGUCCUCUAGGACCGUUACUCGAAGAUUAAGAGGGAUUACGGUUGCAGGAGAGGAAGGUCUACGAAGGAGCGGAAUCGGCCAUGAAGCCUCCCCAUUCACUCACUUCGCGGUGGCUGUACGAAAGACGACGUCCGACGAUCGCUUUCACCUUUCGUCCGUACCGCUGGGCACGCGACCGCAUGCGAUAUCGCAGCCGGGAUCAGGCGCCACGGCAGCCACUGCAGCCACUACAGCGAUCGGUACAGCAGGCACCCCAGGUGGUUUCCGGCGUCACAAUCGACGCGUUCGCACGCAGUCGCACGGGCCUCAGCAAGGCUUUCCUCUCGCUGACACGUCAGCAGCUUCACCAGGGAGCAAUCGCCUCCCUCAUUUAGGUAUUUCCAGCAGGCAAAGUAGCAGAACCCAGCGGCGAGGAGGUUUUCAGAACGAGGGGCAGAGAGGAUGCGGAUGGGGGUCGAAUGGGAUCGUGGAUCCGGGCUUGGGUUGCAACGGCUUCACGCAGCGGGUGUCGGGACGCCGCAGAAGCAGCCUCGUGUGCCGGACCACCAGCAGAGUUUGCGAGGACAGCGGCGGCGGCGGCGGCGGUGGCGGCGGCAGAGGCGGCAGUAGUAGUAGCGGCGGAUUUAUACCCGGUUCCGAUGCUAGCUUUGAUCUUGACGCGGAGCCUUUACUGGACGGUGCUGGUGACAUGGUGAUGGAGUUAGAGGAGUUGGAGUGUAGCUAUGACGGUGUAGCCACGCGGGUUUUAGCGGGAGAUCUUGGGCGACGUAAGCAAGGCCGGGGCGAGGAAGAAGGGGAAGACGAGGAAGCAGAGGAAGCAGAGGAAGAAGAGGAAGCAGAGGAAGAAAAGGACGAGGACGAGAGUAGAGUAAGGGAGGAUGGGAAGUGGUCAUGGGCGAGAGCGGGGAUGGGAUGGGUGGGUGUGAUUGCAUCGCUGGUCACCUCUCGCCUGGCGGAGGAAGAGGAAAGCAGACCGGGGCUGGAGAAAUCGGCAGAGAAGAAGGGCGGGAAGAGCAGCAGGCUGAGCCGCAGCAGCAGUAAUGUUGGUGGGGGUGGGGGUGGUGAAGGAGGAGGAGGAGUUGCAGAAGGUGGCGCUGGUGCGAGGGGAGAGAGCCACCCGGAAUUUGAGAUCUGGAGACUGGAUUCUGCUGGAGUCAACCGAGGCAACCACGCUGCUGAAGCCAAUCGAGUCAGCCAUGGUGCUGGCGGCGAUGGAUGGGCUGGUAGCAGUGACUCUCCUGCUCAUGCUCCUCCUGACGUUACUGCAGCGCCCGGUAUCAAUGGUGCUGCUACCGCUCUCCAUCCCUCUGCCACUCUCCCGGCUGAUGCCGCCAGUGCCAACCCCUUGGGAACGCAUGGUGCUGCUGCCACCAACGGCGUUGCUGCUGCUGCUGCUGCUGCUGCUCCGAACGCUGCUGCUGUUUCUGCGGCUGCUGCUAGUGCAGCCGCUGCCGCGGCAGUGGGCGCGUCCCCUGCGUCGUUCGGGGGCGUGUCUCGCCCGUCUAUUGGCAGCUGGUGGGAGACGUCCGGGCCCGCCUUUGCUGUGGGGCGCGGAUGGGUGGCCUCUGGCUCGGGCCAGGGGGUGGAUGCCCUCACGCUCACCAUGUCUAAGGAACCCGUGUACCAGGUGGUGGAGGUGAGUGCGAACGGGGCGCUACGACAGAGGGAGGUCAGCCGGCGACAGCUACUACGAUACAGUGGUCUCUCCCAGCGGGACAUUCGCCGCAUUGACCCCUCUCUCUGGGUCACCAACGCCCUUCCUGCCCUGCUGGUGCGCGAGAGUGCGAUCCUGGUGAACCUGGGGUCCCUGCGCGCCAUAGCCACUGCUGACUCCGUUCUCAUCUUCGACCACCACAGUGCAGGAGCGCGGGCAUUCCUGGAGGUGCUCCUAGACCGCCUGAGACUAGAUGCUGACCUGGCGGAUGGGGGGCAGGGCGUUGGGGGCCCCAUGCCCUUCGAACUGGAGGUGGUGGAGUGUGCUCUGAUCUCCCGCACGCAGCGUCUGGAGAGCGCUCUGCUGGACGUCGAGCCCAGGGCGAAGGCGCUCUUGGAGGUGCUCCCCACGCACAUCACAGCCGACAACCUCGAGGAACUGCGCCUGGCCAAGCAGGCUCUGGUGGAGCUGGGGUCGAAGGUGGGUGCGCUGCGGCAGAUGCUUCUAGAGCUGCUGGAGCACACGAGUGACCUGCGGCGGAUCACAGCCAUGGGCCGGCACUGCCAGGUCAGCAAGGACGGCGAGCUCGAGUGCCCCACUCCCGUCGACCAGCGGCUCGUGGAAGAGGAGGAGCAGGAGGUGGAGAUGCUGCUUGAGUAUUACCUUCAGCGGUGCGACUCCUGCCAUGGGCAGGCAGAGAAGCUAUUGGAUUCAGCCAGGGAGAUGGAGGACUCUAUCUCGGUCAACCUCAGCUCUCGGCGGCUGGAAGUGAGUCGCUUCGAGCUGCUGCUGCAGGUGGCGACGUUCGCAUCCGCCAUAGGAGCCCUCAUCGCAGGAAUAUUUGGGAUGAACCUUCGAAGUCGGUUGGAAGAGUGUGUCACUGCUUUCUGGAUGACGACAGCAGGCAUCGUCUUGGGUGGUGUAGUCAUGUUCGUGCUCAUGCUGAUGUACUUGAGGCGCCGCAAGAUCCUAUGAGUGCAAUACCUGUGCACAGUCGUCGCGCAAGUAGCAUCACACGUUCCGGUAGCUUAUGUAGGUGGGAGGGGCUAGGGUUGGAGAUUUUAUUUGGCCCAUUAAUUUUAUGAGCUGUAUAGAGCUGUACAUAGCUGGUUCAUGAAACAAUUUGGAAAGUCUGUGGG